GAAGAGACGCAAGCCGAACUGCUGUUUCAAAACAAACGAUUUUCGACGUUUUCAAAAGCAUCACGAAUCAUUUACAGGUGAAGACAUGCAUCCAGAGCAGCAGGAAGAACAGAAACCUGUAAAGACAGAGUUUAUUGAUGAUUACAGAGAGAACACGAUCGAUCCAGAACCCUACAGAGUGAAGCAUGAAGAUAGAAAAGAAGAAAGAGAAUUGAUUGAAGAAAACGAGGAGAAUGAAGAAUUGAGUGAAGUUGAGGGAAAAAAUCACUUCAGAACUGGAGAAAAACCUUUGAGUUGCUCUCAAACAAAACCGAAAGUUUUAAAGAAAAGAAGAGCCAAGAAAUCUUUCACCUGCACUCAGUGUGGAAAGAGUUUGACAUGCAAAUAUAGUCUUUAUGUUCACAUGAGAGUUCAUACUGGAGAGAAACCGUUUAAGUGUUCACAUUGUGACAAGAGAUUUAGUCAGUCAGGAAUCCUGAAAAGACACGAGAUAAUUCACAAUGGAGAGAAACCGUACACGUGUGAUCAGUGCGGGAAGAGUUUCACACUAAAAGGACACCUUACGGCACACAUGAGGGUUCACACUGGAGAGAAACCAUUCACUUGUGAUCAAUGCGGGAAGAGUUUCACACUAAAAGGACACCUUACGGCACACAUGAGGGUUCACACUGGAGAGAAACCAUUCACUUGUGAUCAAUGCGGGAAGAGUUUCAUACACUCAUCAAGCCUUAAGGAUCACAUGAACAUCCACACUAGAGAGAAGCUGUACACAUGUGAUCAAUGUGGCAAAACAUUUCUGUGGGCUUCAGACCUGAAGAAACACAUGAAUAUUCAUACAGAGGAGAAGCCACAUUCAUGUUAUUUGUGUGAAAAGAGUUUUUCACGUCUACAAUAUUUAAAAGAACAUCAGAAAAUACAUGCUGGUGUGAGAGAGUACAUGUGCUUUGAGUGUGAAAAGACUUUUACUUCAGCGAACAGUUUAAAACGGCACGAGAGGAUUCACACUGGAGAGAAACCUUAUAAGUGUUCACACUGUGACAAGAGAUUCACUCAGUCAGGAAUCCUGAAAAGACAUGAGAGGAUCCACACUGGAGAGAAACCUUAUAUGUGUUCACACUGCGAUAUGAGAUUGAGUAAUUCAGGACAGCUGAAAACACAUGAGAGGAUCCACACUGGAGAGAAACCGUAUCACUGCACUGCAUGUGGGAAGUGUUUCAAUCAAUCAUCUUCUCUACACAGACAUACAAAAAACAAUCACAGUAAGUAGAUCAUCUUCAGAUCCAGGACUUUCAGGUCUGAUGCUGCGUCCUCACCAAAUGUGACACAAUAAUACAUCAAGCAGUAAAAUAUAAUCUGGAUCAAUCUGUCCUAACCAGACAUUACAAGCGUCAUGACAAAGAUCUAAAGUUUUCACAGUAAAUAAAGUUCAUCUUUAUCUUCAAAACCAGCAGAUUCAACUGUGAGAUUCAGAUCAACUCAGAGAUGAAGUCCCUCCCCAAAGAACAAUGUCAAAAAGGUUUAUUCUUGCAAAUCAUUUUGCUUCAUGAUAUAAAUUAUAUUUAUA